AUGAAUUCUUUAAUAGAACCUCCUGCCUCACCAGGCUUUUCACUGAGAGUAAAGGUCUUUACACCAGAUGCUGCCGAGGAAAAUGAUCGCCCAAUUCGUUGCUUUCGAGUUAUUACAUCACCAAAUAUUACCAUACGAGAAUUUUGCACAGAAGCUUCAAGAGUUCACGAAAUCAAUUAUGGCCAGCCACUUGCGAUCAAAAAGUGUAUGGAUGAUGAAUUAUUUGACGUCACCCAAAACGAUAUGCUAGGACCCCUCUUUCCCAAUAUGUCUACUAUCCGAAUCAUAAAAGCUCCCAACAAACCAAACAUUAGAGAUUCUCUUCCACCAACUUCAGCCCUUCGAUUUAAUCCAAUAAGUGUUCUUGGUCAAAAAAGAGAUAGGUCACCUUUGAAUGGAAAUGCAGAACCCUUUUGGAAUCCCCAAAAACGUCAGAGGACGGCCAUAGAUCCAGAUCACCCAAUUCCUUCUCGAGAGAUAGAGUCAUGGAAUGGCGGAAGGUUGGAAGGGAUCCCGGAAAAGUCAGAGACAACAAUUCCAGAUUCGCAACGGAGUGCUAUCUUAGAUCAUGAGGAUGAGGACAAUGAUGUUGUACCAAAUCUAUCUACCAGUAAUUUAAAUGCGCGAUCUGACAAAGCUCCGAAAGAACUUGUCAGUCUGUUCCAAGAACCUCCGCCACAGAUUCAGGGCACACCAAAGAAUAGUACAGGAGCGAAGAAUGCAAGUUAUCAUAUUCAGAGGGCUACUAACAGAGGCCGAUCUGUUUCGACGACUGCGACAAGUCCUUUGAUAGGCGAACCACAACUUCCUCCUCACAGCCACUCAAACUCUACCAAGAAGCGGAAAUCAAGUACUCCGAAUAAUCGGUCACCUCGGAACGAGAGUGAUAUAUAUGAUGACUUUGGUUCAGAUACUGAGGAGCCAACCAUUCGACAAUCAAAACUCAAGUUUAAGAAAGAUGCGCAAAAAGGAUUGUCUAGUGUUGAGACGUUAGCCGAGUCACCUUCAAAUAACAAUUCACAUCCUUCCAAGGCUUUCCAGUCGAUUUCCACUCCAAACGAGCUCCCUCUAACGCCAAAGAGUAAAGUACGCGAGGAGGCAUUGCGCAAAAGGAAAGAAAGUGAAGAAGCAGCUAAGGUAGCGCGGGCUUCAGCUGCAAAAGCUGCCGAAGAACGUCGACGUGAAUCGGAAAGAGAGGCUAUUGCAGCAAAAGCAGAGCGGAUGCGCAAGGAGAAGUCAGAGGAACGCAAGGCAGAAGAGGAACAGAAACAAGCAGCGAGAAAGCAGAAGGAAGUAGCUGCCCUUGAAGUCCAGAGAUUAAAGGAUGAGAAAGCGAAAUUGCGCAAACAAAUUGAAGAAGACGACAGACUUGAGAAGAUCAAGGCGUUAGAGGAGGCAGCGAAACAAGCCGAGGAGGAGUCUAUAAAGUCAGAGGCUCCUGAAAAUUCUAAGAGAACAUCCAACACUCCACAAGAAAGCAGGAAAGGAACUCCCGUCAACAAAAGAAACACCCCUGCCGUUAUACUUCCUCGUCAAUCAUCCACGCCUCAUUAUCCAAGAGGUAAGAAGUCAUCUUUGAAGACAUCAAGUUCUUCUGAGAGCAUAAAAAGCUCUUCAUCCGGUGACCCACCUCCUAAAGAUACCAGCUUAGAAGCUCAGAUACCAUUGCCAUCGAAGAGCCCUCGGCGUGUUUCCUUUGACCUUAAUGCGACAACCACCCCUGUGAAACCACCUCCCAAGAAGGCAACUUCAAUUGAUAUACCAAAUGGGAACACAACACCCAAGCUUGCUUCUAGUCAAAUCCCAGCGCAAAGUCAGACACCAAUUCCAUUGCCUAAAACUUUUAAACGACCUGAUCGUAGUGCUACUCCAGUCAGACAGCAAUCAUUAAAACCAUCUGCUAUGAACCAACCUCCAUUGACAGCAGCUCGCACAGGUUCGAUGUCGCGCUCCGCAACACCUAAGCCUGUUUCUCUACCAGCACAUAAGAGUGUUUUGACUGAGUCAAAACCUUUACAGAAAAACACUAUUACACCGGAAGCAAGGAAAGCAGUUACUUCUGCGCCCAGCCGACCAUUAUCGGUCAAAGAAAAAUCAAAGUCACCAAUUAAGCCUGCUGAAGUACCGCUUCCUCCAAGCUCCGACAGCUCCGACAGCUCCGACUCGGAAGUUUCUGAAUCUGAAGAAAUGGUCGCUAUCAAGGAAGAGCCGAAAAGAUCGAAUAGUCCUGAGACUCUACAGGUCGAAGAAUCAAAGAAUAGCGAAGAUCAGUCGGAUGAGGAUGUCGAAAUGGGCGAGAAUCAGUCAUCAUCACGCGAGAGUCGAUCCCCGGUUGUCUUUCAUUCCAACGCAGCAUCCAGCGAUGAACGUAAAUCCCGCUCUAAUCUCAAUCAAACGUCGCGUUCAGUUUCUUCCUCAUCCGAGGAUGAAUCUUCAGACGAAGAACAAUCAGAAGACGAUGCGGACGAAAAGCAGAAUGACAUUGAAGAUAAAGCAGAAAUAAAAGAGACUGGAGAAAGUUCCGAAGAUGAAGAUAACAGUGAUAAUGAUGACGAGGACGUGGAAAUGCCAGACGCUCCACCACAGCGGUCCAGUCCGAAAUUACCAAGCCAUGCCCGGAGAAAUUUGGUUUCUCCUAUAAAAACUACAAAUCAACGUAAGACUUCUAGCAGCGAUGGGGAUGACACCCAAGACGAAGUUGAUCUACAACUAACAUCUGAUAUUUUCGAAGCCCAAGGUUCAUUUUCCUCACCUGCCAAAAGACCAACGAUUAAACCAUCAUUUAAUUUUGGCGCAAGUUUGUCUUCACUUAACAGCCAGAAAGGAGCCAUGUUUAAAUCGAAACCUUUGACAAAUGGUCAACUUGCAAAAUCUAAAUUGCAACUUUCAUCUCAAAUGAUAAAGAAUGAAUUUUCGGCAUCGGAAUCCGAAGAAGAAAGCGAUAGUGAUGAUAGUUCCGACAAUGAUGACGUUCAAAUUCCAGCAACCUCACAAAUUAUCCAACCUUCAACCCAAAAUAAUGGUUUCAUCUCAACAGCGACUAAGAAAAUUCAAGAUGCCGGUAGUGAUUCUGAUUCUGAUUCUGAUAGUGUUUCGGAUUAUGCAGCAGCAGCAAUGGAGGAAGCGAGAAGAUCAUUAAUGGCGGAGGUUCAUCAAAGUGGAAUGACUGCUAGCCAGAAUAAUAUACUACAAAGUUCGCAAAUCUCGGCUAAUGGUGGGGUAGGAAAAGGAAAAGGGGAGACUGGAGUGCUUGGCAAGACAAAUGGAAGUGCGAAGGGUUCGAGGACUGCAGGGAAGGAAUUUGCUAAGAAAGGAAGGGAUAGGAUUACGAAUGGUUAUGAUUUUAAGAAUUAUGGAUCUUUUAAUUGA